AUGAUUCCUGAACUGCUGUCCCUGUUCUGUUUCAGGCUGUGUCUUGGCCAGAGGGACACAGGGAGAGAUGGGCCCCUCCCCAAGCCCUCCCUCCGUGCCUGGCCCAGCUCCGUGGUCCCUGCCCUGAGCAACGUGAGCCUGCAGUGCUGGGCUCCGACCAAGGACGUCAACUUUGCUCUCAGAAAGGGGGGCGAUGUCUUGGGGCUCUUGCAGCCACCUGACUCCAUGGAGGGCGAGGGCUGGGCUGAGUUUCCCCUGACUGCUGUGAGGAGCAGGGAUGCUGGCGAGUACACCUGCGAAUACCACAGGAAGGGCCACCCCCACCUGGCUUCACAGCCCAGCGAGGCCCUGCUUCUCCUGGUGACGGGGUAUUUACCUAAACCCUCCCUCCAAGCCCACCAAGCGGGUGUGGCCACUGAAGGAGAACAGGUGACCCUGCAGUGCCAGAGGCCAGACUCUGGGACCGGGAUUAUGACGUUUGCUCUGCUGAAGGCGGGCACCUCGGUGCCCGUCCAGCUCCGAAUCCCAGCAGGGAGGGAGACAGACUUUUCCCUUCAGAAUGUCAAGGUCAAAGACACGGGCAACUACAGCUGCGUCUACUACCAGAGGAGGGCCCCUUUCCUGGCCUCACAACCCAGUAAUAGCCUGGAGAUCUGGGUGGCGGCUUCCUCCCCCCGUACCACAACCCCGGAUUACACCAUGGGCAACCUCAUCCGCCUGGGUCUAGCUGCCAUAAUUAUGGUUACUGUUGGGGCUUUGCUGCUCGAAGCCUGGUGUAGCCAAAAGAAGUCUCUACAAGGAGUCAGCACUGUAGCCCCAGUCAUUGUGGAAGAAGAAAAAAGCAGGUCCUGCAUGUCCCCACAAAAACAAUGACUGCUUGAUCAACAGACCUGCUGCUUCUUGACUGUUCUGGGGAACCAGUAUUCUCAGCUCUACUGAGAGCUCCUCCAGGACAAGAUGAUGGUUUUCUCUUCCUGUCCUCUUCGCCAGGGAAGAGGACAGGAAUGAGCAUGAAGACUCACCUGAGAUACACUUCCAUAUCUAUCUAUCUAUCUCUAUCUCUACAUAUAUAUCCCCACCCUCCCAAUUCUUCCUCCUCCCUCCCCA